UUAUGGAGUAAUUCUAUGAAUGUAGAAAUAAAUUCUGUCCUGACAUCUGGUGUUUCUGUCCCAUCAGGUGCUGGAAAACUACUCUGAUGCUCCCAUGACCCCAAAACAGAUUCUGCAGGUCAUCGAGGCUGAAGGCCUGAAGGAAAUGAGUGGCACGUCUCCGCUCGCCUGCCUCAAUGCCAUGCUCCACUCCAACUCCCGGGGAGGCGAUGGGCUCUUCUACAAGCUGCCUGGACGCAUCAGCCUCUUCACACUCAAGAAGGAUGCCUUGCAGUGGUCUCGGAACACGUCCGUGCCGGACGGGGAGGAGCUGGAGGACACAGCGGACGCGGAAAGCUGUGAGUCCAAUGAAGCAAGCACUGUGAGUGGUGAUAAUGACGUGUCGCUCGAUGAAACCUCCUCUAAUGCCUCCUGUUCCACCGAAUCCCAAAACAAGGGACACUCCACUGCCAGGGAGAGCUACAGAACAGCCGCACAGACAGCCAAACAAAAGAAGAAGACUGGUGUAAUGCUGCCACGUGUUGUCUUAACACCACUGAAAGUAAACGGGGCACACAUGGAGUCUGCGUCGGGCUUUGCAGGAAGGCACGCUGACGGAGAGAGCAGCAGCACAUCCAGCAGUAGCAGCAGUUCCUUGGCCUUGUGCAAAGCCACCAUGCGCAGCAGAACAGAAAUAAAAAGGGAUCCUCCACAGCUGUUGAGGGGUAUCCGAAAGCCCACAGCUGGGCAAAUGAAGCGAAACAGGGGUGAGGAUAUUGACUUUGAAACCCCAGGCUCCAUUCUUGUCAACACAAACCUGCGAGCUCUCAUAAACUCCAGAACCUUCAAUGCACUCCCAUCACACUUCCAGCAGCAGCUGCUUUACCUCCUUCCAGAAGUGGACAGACAGGUCGGGGCCGACGGGCUGAUGCGUCUCAGUGGCAGUGCUCUGAAUAAUGAGUUCUUCACCCAUGCUGCUCAAAGCUGGAGAGAGCGGCUCGCUGAUGGUGAAUUCACCCAUGAGAUGCAAGUUCGAAUUAGACAGGAAAUGGAAAAGGAAAAGAGAGUGGAACAAUGGAAAGAGAAGUUCUUUGAGGACUACUAUGGACAAAAACUGGGCUUGACCCAGGAAGAAUCCCAGGAGCAGAAUCUGGUGAAAGAAGAUGCCGAGAACAGGACGGGCCUGUCUGCCAAAGGGGCAGCGAGGCUGCCGCGCGGGCCCGCGGCGCGGCAGCGGGACGGGCGCUUCAAGAAGCGUUCCCGGGCGGAUCUGCGCUGCAGAGCCCGCCGGAGCCUGUACAAAACACGGGAACCGGAGCAAGCGGAGGACGACAAAGCGACUGCUCCUGUGCUGCCAGCCUCUGCGCCUCAUAAAGAGACCAAGCCUGAGGUGGAUCUAAAGAAAGACGAUCUAACGAGCGCUUCUGCUGCGGUGCCGAAGCCAGAGAGUUCGGAAUUGCUUCUCUCCCCAGAGGCUUCCAAAUUGCGCGGUAAAUCGGAAGAUCCGUCGUUGGCAGCUGCAAACAGAAUUCCCAGUUUGCCCCAGGAGAACUUAGCUCGGGAGUCCAAGGACCAGAAGAGGAAAUGCUUUGAGGAGGCUGCCUCCGCGUCCUUCCCCGAAAAGAAGCCGCGGCUUGAAGAUCGUCAGUCCUUUCGUAACACAAUUGAAAGUGUUCACCCAGAAAAGCCACAGCCUACUAAAGAGGAGCCAAAAGUCCCACCCAUCCGGAUUCAACUUUCACGUAUUAAACCACCCUGGGUGGUUAAAGGUCAGCCCGCUUACCAGAUAUGCCCCAGGAUCGUCCCCAGCGCGGAGCCCCGCGGCCGCGGCGGCGCCCGCACCCUCGCAGACAUUAAGGCCCGUGCUCUGCAGGCCCGAGCCCAUGGCGCCGCCGUCGACGCUGCAGCUCGUGCCAGGCAGGAGGACAGUCCCGAGCAGCCGCCCCGCGACGUCCGGACCGCGACGCCCCCGUGCCGGGUAUCGCAGGACGGGCCGAGUUCGGCGCUGCCGGCGAGCGGCCCGGCGUGUUCUCAGGUGCAGGGAGCCGUGAUGAGGCCUGCGGGAGAGAGCCGGGUCGCAGCAGGACGGAGAGAUGGCGGUUCUCCCGCAGCACAGUUGAAUUAUCCUUCCGAUGUGAAGGAAAGCUCCUCCGGUUGUCCUAAUCUUCUGCUGGAAUCCUCAUCAGAUGGUAAAAAGUGCCGUGAGCCAAAAAUGAUACCUAGAUUUAGAUUUAAUGGCUCUGAAACGUUUAUGGAAAAAUGUGUCGCUGACAGUGAUAACUCGAAAGCAGUGACUGCUGGAGCGGAGAAAGCGGUUCCUGCGCUGCACAACCUUGCACACCUGCAGGCAGAGAGGGAGCCUGACAGCAAACCAAAUAACGAAAAGCAGAACACAGGGGUGCUGGUGAAGCCCUUUUCACGUGAUGAUUUCACUUCUCCAGAUAGGAUAGAUGCUUGUGAAAAAGUCCCGCAGCUGAGGGAGAUGGGACCCGGAACAGAACCAGAACCUGCGUGUCAGCCCCCGAGAGAGGCUCGAGAGUUCACGGCAAGUGGAGAUGAUGAAGUUCAGAGCACACACAGUGAAACAACAGACACUGCGUCGGAUUUUGAAGCUGAUGUAGCUGAGGAGAGUGUAGAGAUGGAUUUGUGUUACAGAGGUGUCAGUUCAAGGGAGGCAGCUGGGAAAGAUUCCUCCUGCCAGAGCAGUGCUAGGAGAUGCGGCAGAAUUCGAUCCCAGCCGUCCGUGCAGACAGAGGCUCCCGGCCACGUGGAUUUCGCCUCCACCGCGGGGAUGAGCAGCCCGUCCCUGUCCCCGGGCUGGGGACCGCGCGCGGGCGCUGCCGAGCCCGGCCGCCCGCUGGUGGUGCAGCUGCUCGGGGGGGAUCUUCCCCUGGAGGAAGUUCUCCCAGGAUCUCAGCCCGGCAUCACGCUGGGAAUCACGGAGUCCUCUCCGGAGAAGCAGUCGGAGAGCCCCCCCGUGCAAACAGAGAGAGGUGCCAGUGGCUAUUUCAGCAACGAGUCCUCUCGGGAUGCAGAAAUAAAGGCAGGUGCCCUAAGCAGGAGCGAAGACCUGCGCUCUGGGAGACCCCAGGAAAAGCCGUGUGGAUCAGCAGCAGCGCUGCCCAGAGCAGAAGGGAUGGAGGAUCCAUCUAUUCCAGAAAAGCAUUCCAAAGUUGGCUCAGCUUUAAUCUGUCAAGAUCAACGGGCAGUUGUGGCAAGUGCCUCUCAGAAGCCUGAAGACGUGGGCCUUAGGGAACGAGCACUUUCCUGCAGCUUGGAAGAGCAAAAGGAGUUGACCAAGGCCCAUCGGGUGCUGGAGCACAACCCGUUAACAAGUGUCAUCACCGGUAAAAGCCCAGAGAAGGUAAAUCCAUCUUUAGGGCCCAGGUUUUUAUCUCCAAAUACAACUUCUUUUGGACCAAAUCAGAUAGGAGGGACCUCAGUCAGUAAAAGUUAUCCUGGAGUUCAAGGCAAAAAGCUUUUUGGUUCUGGCUUUCCCUGCAACCCCAGUGUUAGACUGCAUCACUCAAGGGCUUCGGAUCAAGUUUCAACCAUGGGAACCUCGUCCCCCGGCAAACAGAUUCCUCUGAGCAAGAGCUGUGCAUCUGGAGAGGGGAUGGCAGCUGUAAGGGAGGGAUGGACUUCAAAGCAGCACACGCACACCCUGGGAGAAAUAAAAAAUGAGAAUGUGUUGGCGUGUGGCGGCCCAGCCAAGAAUAACGCGGAGAACCGGAAGGAUGCGGCACAGAGCCCCGCGGAGCUGCGGGAGCAUCCGCAGGGCGUUCCCCUGGUCAUGGACUUGCCGUUUUUCAAGUUUUCAAGAGAACAGGGAAAGGGGCACAGUCAUCCUUUGGAGCCUUCUUCCAUACCCUCCCAGCUCAAUAUCCAGCAGGCGUUUUAUGGGAAGCUUUCGAAGCUGCAACUUAAUUCCACCAGCUUUAAUUAUUCAUCCAACGCUCCAGCUUUUCCCAGAAGUCUCGCUGGAAGCAUGAUGCAGCUGACCCACAAAGCGAACUUUGCUGCAAACCACAAUACAUCCCUCUCUGUGCAGAUGUUUGCAGAUAGCAGCAGCGUUGAAGAAAUAUCAUUCAAGUGUUCGUGCAGCCUUAAAGCCAUGAUCAUGUGUAAGGGCUGCGGGGCGUUCUGCCACGAUGACUGUAUAGGGCCCUCGAAGCUUUGUGUAUUGUGCCUUGUGGUGAGAUGAUAAAUUAUGGCCAUGGGACAGACUGUA